AUGCCUCCCUCCAACAUCCCUCCUUCUCCACCAUCAUCCCUACUUCCCCUCCAUCCUUCAUACCUUACCGCCAACAUCCCUACUUCUCCACCAUCCCACAUCACUUCCCUUCCCACUUCACCGUUAUCUAUCCUACUCCAACUCAUUCUUCCAUGCCCUUCCCUCCAACAUCCCUACCCCCUCCCCCCCUCCAUUCCUCAUACCUUCCCUCCAUCAACCCUACUUCCCCUCCAUCAUCCCUACUUCCCCUCCAUCAUCGCUACAUCCCCUCCAUCCCUUAUACCUUCCCUCCAUCAUGCCUACUUCCACUCCAUCCCCCAUGCCUUCACUCCAUCAUCUCUUCUUACCUCCAUCAUGCCUACUUCCACUCCAUCCCCCAUGCCUUCACUCCAUCAUCUCUUCUUACCUCCAUCAUGCCUACUUCCACCCCAUCCCCCAUGCCUUCCCUCCAUCAUGCCUACUUCCACUCCAUCCCCCAUGCCUUCACUCCAUCAUCUCUUCUUACCUCCAUCAUGCCUACUUCCACUCCAUCCCCCAUGCCUUCACUCCAUCAUCUCUUCUUACCUCCAUCAUGCCUACUUCCACCCCAUCCCCCAUGCCUUCCCUCCAUCAUGCCUACUUCCACUCCAUCCCCCAUGCCUUCACUCCAUCAUCUCUUCUUACCUCCAUCAUGCCUACUUCCACCCCCAUCCAUCAUGGCUUCCCUCCAUCAUACCUACUUCCACUCCAUCCCCAAUGCCUUCACUCCAUCAUCUCUUCUUACCUCCAUCAUGCCUACUUCGACUCCAUCCCCCAUGCCUUCACUCCAUCAUCUCUUCUUACCUCCAUCAUGCCUACUUCCACCCCAUCCCCCAUGCCUUCACUCCAUCAUCUCUUCUUACCUCCAUCAUGCCUACUUCCACCCCAUGCCCCACGCCUUCCCUCCAUCAUGCCUACUUCCACUCCAUCCCCCAUGCCUUCACUCCAUCAUCUCUUACCUCCAUCAUGCCUACUUCCACCCCCAUCCAUCAUGGCUUCCCUCCAUCAUACCUACUUCCACUCCAUCCCCAAUGCCUUCACUCCAUCAUCUCAUUUUACCUCCAUCAUGCCUACUUCCACCCCAUCCCCCAUGCCUUCCUUCCAUCAUGCCUACUUCCACUCCAUCCCCAAUGCCUUCACUCCAUCAUCUCUUCUUACCUCCAUCAUGCCUACUUCAACCCCAUCCCCCAUGCGUUCCUCUAUCAUGCCUACUUCCACUCCAUCCCCAAUGCCUUCACUCCAUCAUCUCUUCUUACCUCCAUCAUGCCUACUUCCACCCUAUCCCCCAUGCCUUCCCUCCAUCAUGCCUACUUCCACUCCAUCCCCCAUGCCUUCACUCCAUCAUCGCUUCUUACCUCCAUCAUGCCUACUUCCACCCCCAUCCAUCAUGCCUUCCUUCCAUCAUACCUACUUCCACUCCAUCCCCCAUGCCUUCACUCAAUCAUCUCUUCUUACCUCCAUCAUGCCUACUUCCACCCCAUCCCCCAUGCCUUCACUCCAUCAUCGCUUCUUACCUCCAUCAUGCCUACUUCCACCCCAUCCAUCAUGCCUUCCUUCCAUCAUACCUACUUCCACUCCAUCCCCCAUGCCUUCACUCCAUCAUCGCUUCUUACCUCCAUCAUGCCUACUUCCACCCCAUCCCCCAUGCCUUCACUCAAUCAUCUCUUCUUACCUCCAUCAUGCCUACUUCCACCCCAUCCCCCAUGCCUUCACUCCAUCAUCGCUUCUUACCUCCAUCAUGCCUACUUCCACCCCAUCCAUCAUGCCUUCCUUCCAUCAUACCUACUUCCACUCCAUCCCCCAUGCCUUCACUCCAUCAUUACUUCUUACCUCCAUCAUGCCUACUUCCACCCCAUCCAUCAUGCCUUCCUUCCAUCAUACCUACUUCCACUCCAUCCCCCAUGCCUUCACUCCAUCAUCUCUUCUUACCUCCAUCAUGCCUACUUCCACUCCAUCCCCCAUGCCUUCACUCCAUCAUCUCUUCUUACCUCCAUCAUGCCUACUUCCACCCCCAUCCAUCAUGCCUUCCUUCCGUCAUACCUACUUCCACUCCAUCCCCCAUGCCUUCACUCCAUCAUCUCUUCUUACCUCCAUCAUGCCUACUUCCACCCCCAUCCAUCAUGCCUUCCUUCCAUCAUACCUACUUCCACCCCAUCCCCCAUGCCUUCACUCAAUCAUCUCUUACCUCCAUCAUGCCUACUUCCACCCCCGUCCAUCAUGCCUUCCUUCCAUCAUGCCUACUUCCACUCCAUCCCCCAUGCCUUCACUCCAUCAUCUCUUCUUACCUCCAUCAUCCCUACUUCCAGUUAA